AUGAGAUGCGCAACUCCCCAGAUCCCAAGAUACAAACCCCUCUACUAUUCAGCUUGCAUUGUGCGCCCAUCAUCUCGCUAUCACUCUUCCAUUGGUGCUGUCCGCAGCUCCGACAACGAGACUCGGUAUAGGUCUAUUGUCCCUUCUCCGACACAACUGCUUCGGUCCAGUUUUAUCACCUCAAAUAAUAUACGACCUGAUAAUGAACCCGAAAAAUUGUCACACAGACAGGCUCAACAGCUUCUCGAUGCAGAAUGGAAGUUGGGUAGUCCUCCUGCGGCCUUGUGGUUACCCCUCAAAGGUGUCCAUCCCAUAAACCGACGACAAGAUACGCUAUUGCUCAACUUUGUAACCGAUGUAUCAGCCUUAAAGGCCACUAUUGAAAAAAUGGUUGUUGAUUCAGAAGGAGCUGCGCGGCUACAAGUGAAAAACUGUACUCUUCUCGCGCAGGCACUACGGCGCUGUCAGUCUCACAACACAUAUUCAGAGAUCGUUGCACUAUUGAGCGAUAUCCUUGCUAGACUUGAACGACUCAAAUUGCCUAUUUAUUCCCAGUUCUGUGAGCUUGGUAUCUACUAUGCAGCGCUAGAUCUGUCUUUUCCGGCCUUGCAACGCUUUCUCGCUGCAUGGCAAAGAAAGACCGCUGUACGACUGACUUUUGGAGACCGAAUUGUCCAAGCAUUUUCGUCUGCUAUCAAUGCGAAACUGUUUGAAGUCCCAACUUAUGACACUUCGGCGUUGCUUGCCACGAUCACAGGAGAAGGGGGUGUUCCUUCAGAUGUGCAUAGUAUCUUGUUUGAGUCGCUGUGCCACGAUCAGCAUGACUUUGCUGCACUUCUCCGCCUUCUAGCUGGCAUAGGCAGUGACGAAAUACUCUAUGGAUUCUGGGCUGUAUUUCUUCAGACGCUUGAUACCAAAGAUUUGGAAGCCUGCCGCUCGGCUUACAGUGUAAUUCUGGUCCUGAUUCAAUCUGGGCGCUCGGAGACAGCACGAGACUUCUUGGAAGACAUCUCCAAACAGUGCAGUGGCACAUUGCCUAAUAUCGACGCCUCCCAUAAUCUACAAGCUUUGUUCAAGGACCCAAUUGUUGGAGAAUCGUUGGCCGAUUUGGUCACUGAUGAAGAUUAUAAAAAGUUGCUGGAAGCUGGCUUCAGCAAUAUGGAACAGAGGUUAGGCAUUAAAUGGCAAGAAUCUCAAGAACAAACAGGCGACAGAAAGACACAUUCUGGGGUAACCCCAAACUCUCUUUGGGCCACUUUCACGGAUCAGCCGCUCUUCACCAUUGAUGGUAAUUCAACCGGAUACGACGAUAUCGCUCGACUUUAUCCCGAGUUGCUUGCUCACGGAUGCUCUAAAUCACGCGAGGAGCUUGGCCAGGUUGUUGAUUUGCUAAAUGAUUAUGAUGGCGAUGUCUACAAUGUGACUGUACAGCUCAACUUGGAUCAAAAACAGUGGGAAGCCUUUCAAGCGGAGUUCCCCACUGUCGAAUUCCGAUGGUGUCCUCAACGAUCACCAAUAGAGUUCUCAGAUCUCUCACCACCCGCCUCGACAGACCAGUCUGAGCGGUGGACACCGGCUUCGCUCGGUUUAAUGCGGGCGCGGCCUUUUAUCAAUGGAGAACCCCAAGUGGGGGCUAACAGCUUGCAUUUGAUGCAAUUGGGAUACUUGGAAACACGACCUGGCCCAGACACACCGUGGAAACCAUCUGGGUAUAUCGUGGCAUGGGAUCGUCAGUUCGGUGAAACCGUUGCGCUUUUUGUUGGGGCAUAUUCGGCUGUCAUGGACCGCGGUCCAACCCCAUCCAAUGGUCCAUUUGGGGCUGUGAUGUAUAUCCGGCCAUUUGACAAGCCUCAUGCAUUACCCUUGUCCCCUGAUCGUCAACAUCGAGAUUACUCUGGUCGUUAUUAUCUGGACAUCGACCCGAGUCCGGACUUGGGUCCGUGA